ACUGUGCAAAAAGUUGUGCGUAGAAUAAACUGAGUCUCGUUGAAAGUGUGCUAUAUGAAAAACAGCUUAUUUUAUUUUCGGCUUAAAUUCAGGCGAUAAAUCAAAUUUAAGACGAUGGGAGAUAAUGAGCAGAAAGCGUUACAGCUGAUGGCUGAGGCCGAAAAGAAACUGACUCAGAAAGGUUUUCUUGGUUCCCUUUUUGGUGGUUCCAAUAAGAUUGAAGAUGCGAUUGAGUGCUAUCAACGGGCCGGGAAUAUGUUUAAAAUGUCGAAGAAUUGGACUAAGGCAGGGGAAUGUUUUUGUGAGGCAGCAAAUUUGCAUGCACGCUCUGGAAGCCGACAUGACGCUGGUCUUUGUUACGUCGAUGCUUCAAACUGCUACAAAAAGGUUGAUAUUGAGUUCGCCGUUACAUGCUUGAUGAAAUCCAUUGACAUAUAUACAGACAUGGGACGAUUUACAAUGGCAGCAAAACACCAUCAAAGCAUCGCUGAAAUGUAUGAGAGCGACCACAAUACGUUGGCUAAAGCUAUACAGCAUUACGAACAGGCUGCGGACUAUUUUAAGGGCGAAGAGUCUGUUAGCUCUGCCAACAAGUGCAUGCUCAAAGUUGCUCAGUAUGCUGCUCAAUUGGAGGAUUAUGAGAAGGCCAUAUCUAUAUACGAGCAAGUUGCUGCCUCGUCGCUUGAGAGUUCGCUGCUUAAAUACAGUGCCAAGGAGUAUUUCUUCCGUGCUGCUCUCUGUCACUUAAGCGUUGAUCUGUUAAAUGCGCAGCACGCCAUCGAAAAGUAUUCACAGCAAUAUCCGGCUUUCCAGGACUCUCGGGAGUAUAAGCUAAUCAAGAUUCUGUGUGAGCACCUAGAGGAGCAGAACAUAGAUGGAUUUACUGACGCAAUAAAGGAUUAUGACAGUAUUUCACGCUUAGAUCAAUGGUAUACUACAAUCUUACUUAGAAUUAAAAAGGCAGCAGACGAGGAUCCCGACUUACGAUAAAAACAUUAAACAUAUGUAACAGUUAAAGUAUAGUAAAAUACUAACCUUACUAGCGUCAAUAUUAAUUACAGUUUUAAAUAAACCUCCUUUCGGUUUUCUAUUUAGCCGGUCUUGAA